AGCGGCGGGCAGCGCCAUGGGGCUGGAGACGGAGAAGGCGGACACCCGCAUCUUCAUGGACGACGACAACUUCCCGCGGAGCGGCGGCCCCGCGCUGCCGGAGGCGGAGAAGUGCGCGGGGGACGAGCUGGACCGCGACCCCCACGGGCUGAACGCCCACCUCCAGCUGGGGUUCGAGGAUGUGAUCGCGGAGCCCGAGCUAACCCACUCCUUCGACAAAGUCUGGAUCUGCAGCCACGCUCUCUUCGAGCUCAGCAAGUACCUGAUCUACAAGCUCCUGACUCUGGUCCUUGCCAUACCGCUGGCCCUGGUCGUGGGGAUCGUCUUCGCGGUGCUCAGCUGUCUGCACAUCUGGAUUGUGGUGCCUUUCGUGAAAACCUGUCUCAUGGUCUUGCCUUCAGUGCAAACUAUAUGGAAGAGCCUGACAGAUGUUUUCGUUGUACCGUUCUUUCAGAGCCUAGGCCGAUGCUUUGCCAUGGUUAAUAUACGCCUGGACCAAGAGUAAACAUUAGGGAUGCGACACUGCUGUAAUUGUAGCUGGUGUUAUACCUCUUUGCUAACCUAACAUGGAAGCACUUACCAUUCAUUCCAAACUGUUAAAUUACAAUGGCUGGUUUAAGCGGGAACAUGCUAUUUUUUCUAAAACUCAUUUAUUUUCAGGGAGAUCAGUUUAAGAAUAAGUAGGCAGUUGUUGUAGCUCACUAUUUUAACAACAGAGCGAACGUGGAGUGUGUUGGCAACACUUUAUUUUAAUGGUACGUCGAUUGCUAGAUUACGGGAGAAUUCUCUUGGAGAUUUAACAGCCACCACAGUGAUAAUGAUUGGCGUUAUUACUAUAAAUAUUUAAAUAGGCUGUGAUACCUCAGGUGAAACUGAUCUCUAGGGUUUCCUAUUGACUUUACUGCAAGUGCACCAGGGAUCAUUUUUGGCCCUCACUAUGCAGAAUGAUCAACUGAGUCCUUUAUUAUCAGCAGUUAAAAUGAACGUGACUCAUUGCAUAAGCAUACAGAGAAAGGAACUGUUGUGUAAUUCUCCUAUGUUGUGGGGGGAAAGCUCCCUAGAAGUUUAUCCCUUAAAAUAAGGUGUUAGCUAAUGAUUUGGAACAUCAGCUAAUCUGUAUAUUUUAUUUAAUGAUAGGUUAACUUUGCUGUAUAUUUUGUACCUUUGUAAAUGGCACUUGAUCGGUUUUCUUUGAAGCAUUAUUCCUAUAGUAUUUCAAUUCUAACCAACUUAUUAGGCAGCAAGAGUGAGACACUGCAAAAAAUGACUUUAGAUAACUAAAAUUCCCAUUUCUAAAUGAUGUUGAUUUUUAAGUGUUGCCAUGCAAUUCUAGUAUAUUCAUUAUAUAUGGUUGCGUGUAAAAGCAAAGAUUAUAAGUGUUUUCAUACAAGACUAUGCAAAAGAGUUGGAAAUAUCUGUUUAUGAGAAAUGUUUUUUUAUUAAAAAUGGGGUGUAGUAAAUGCAACCCUGCCUAUUUCUGUGUAUUAUCUGUGUGAACAUUGUGAUAUUUAAAAUGAUAGACACUAUGUUGGCACUUUAACUAGGCAGCAAGCUCUUACAGAAGACAAGUGAGUGUAAUUGGUAUCCUUGUCUAAUUCUCCUCACCUGUUGACUUGACUCUCCAUGUUGCUUAUUUGCUACUUUAAAGCCUAACCCAUAAAAAAGCUGUUCUUCCUUCUGCACCUAAUAUGGCUUUGUAAACCAGAAUAACAGAACGUAUGCAGAGGUACAUUAAAAUUACAUUAGCCUUCUGAUGGGCUUAUGCUGCUGUUUUCUUUAAAUACAGAUGAUAAGUUGCAAUUGUAAAAUGUUUGUAUGAUUUAGAAUGUUAUUUUCUAAAAUAUCACAGAUUUCUUAUCAAACAAGAGAUACAUAAUAAAAUAAUAAAAUGUCAGCUUUUUCCUAUUUUCAACUUCAUUUUUUCAGGUUUUUCAACUUCUUAAAAAGCUUUUAAAAUGCUAAACAGCAUAGAAUACUAUGCAGUUCUUCCAAAAUAUGGGAGAGGGAAAAGAAAUGGAUGAGCAUCAAUACGGUUCCACUAUUAUCAACUGCAUUUAACUUAUUUAUAGUAGAAAAUGAUGUAUCUCUGUGUGUAAUUAAGCCCAUAUAGAAUGAUUGCUUUCUCUGAAGCAGGUCUCUCAGUGCGGAAUUUUGGCUACAUUCAAAAAAACGCUUCAUUCUUUUUACAGGUGCAUGCUUUAUUUACAGAUGAGCUGCCGAAUUUUCCUUUUCUUGCUUAUUGACCUACAGACGCUAGCUGACACUGUAUAUUCUUUGUACAUUGAGAACAUCUUUGUACGUUAAAAAUAUUUUUAACAUUUGUGAUAUUUAGAGAGGGAUUCAUAUGGCUUUUCAAAACUGGAUCUUAAUGAUUAGUGCCCAUGGAAACUUCCUGGAGUUUUUUUCUUCUGCAAGAAGUUAGCUUGCUGUUCAGAUGUGCUUUUCAAGAUACCUUUCUUAUGUUAAAAAUGGAAAUAUCUCUUUUGAAAAUAAAAAUUGGUCAGGCUAGGCUUGAA